AUGGGGGUCGACAUCCGCAGACCGAUUCUUCCCGCCCCCACAGAAUCCAUCAUCGAUACUGGGGAGAGUACAACGGGCACAGAUCUGGCAACUGACAUUUCUCGCCGCACAGACAAAACGUCGUACUCUAUCCCAGACGACGGAAGCCCCAUAACUGUCUCCACCCGGCGACAGCGGGACCGCGAAGAUAAGGUGCCUCGUUCACACCGCGAUUCCCGCGACUCCCACACCUCGCUCUUGAUCGAGUACUUCGAAGGCGGUAAAAGCUCAGGCGGUAUCGUUUCUCGCCCCAGCGUACGAGUGCGAGUUACACCAUCCUCGUCAAGAAAGUCCAAGGACAAAAGAGACCAUUUUCAAGUCACCGAGACCAGCGCAAGUGGCAGCCGAAAACCAUCAUAUACCCACCGAAUUUCCCUGCCAUCGUCAUCAAAACAAAAACAAUUGGACUCCGGCACAGCGGAUGAUCAAAGCACCAGUUCGAUUUCAGCUGAGGAGGAGGGUCAUCAAUCACCACGCCAACCGGUAGACCUCGAAUUCAUCAGCCGCGGACUGGAUAGUGAAAUGUCUACGCUCUCGCACGAUACACGAUAUAUGCCUUAUUCAUCAGACGUUUCGUCCAUGCCGCCGGACAGCAUGAUCAACGCGUCGUCAGCGGGCCCUCGGCGCAAACGCAGCCAGAGCCUCGAGCGUGGUUCGCCUCGCGAAGAGAAGGGUCUAUUGAAAACCCCCCAGCGACAACGGAGUCGAAGUCUUAGUACCGAGCGCAUCGCACACCGUGUCGCCGAAAAACUCGCCGAACCGCCUCAGGAAUCUUCCCACAGCAAGCGCAGGAGCAAAAGCAGGAGCGGCAAGGAUUACCUUGAGGCUGAGCCCAAGUCAGCAUCCCGUCGACGGAGACACAAGUACGCAGAGGAGGAUUUCGCUAGCCCGGAGUCCAGUCUCCUCAGCACGUCCGCCGUCUCUUCGAACCGCAAGUCCGAUCAGUAUUCCGUUCGCUCCGGUGCAUCCAAGUCCUCGAUCAACAACCCCAAAUUACUCGAAACGGUUGAAGAUGCUAUCCGAAGAUUGAUUCUGCCAGAGCUCAAAGAACUGAAAAAAGACCAAAAGGUCAUGACCAACAAGAGCAAAUUUGAUCGGGAUAUGGCAACAUCUCAUUCGUCCAACACUAGCUCCAAGGAUGCGUUGGGCCGAAGUCUGUCCAAACACGCCAGUGCGCCCGACGUCAUGAAGCCCAAGGUAGUGUUGAACAAGGACAGCAAGGAUGAAGGUAUCGUGCUCUCUGGAUCUGGCCACGGCGAGUCCGCUCGAAGCAAGGAACGCAAGUCAAGCAAAAGCAGCGAAACUUCUGAUAUGGCAAUGCGAUGGGCCAAUCGACCCGAACUUACCGAGCAAGAUAAAGUCCGACGACAAAGAAGCAAGGGGCUGCGCGAUGCACAUGCCGCUGCCCGGGUCGGUUCGGCUCUCACCGCGGCUUCGCUGAAACACCACGACUCCACCUCGAGCCUCGACAAGCAUGAGCGCAGCAGCCGCAAGGGAAGCUCCCAUUCUCGGAAGAGCCAGGAGAGUAUGAAGUACAACGAAACCGAACUUGUCUUCCAAAAGCAUAAUGUCGCCCCAAUGCCCAUGCGCAGCGAGAUCGAGUCUCAGCUGACCAGAACAUCCUUACUCUCUGAGCGCACUGAGAGCCCGGCUCCCCAGAAGAGAAUCUCUCAAUUGGAGUUGGCUCGCGGUCCAUCCAGACAAACUGCCUCGCCUGCCUCUCGUACGCCUACUCGAAACUCCGUCGACUCUCGCAACGGGCUUGGCAUGCGCCACGCCAACCAGUCCCACCAGAACAUUUCACUCCACAGUGCCUCUGACCGUGACUUGCAUCACAAGAGUCAGUCUCCUGGAACCGACGGAGGUGAUUGGGCUAUCGCAGCUGCAGCUGCAGCUAAUCUUCUCGAUGCUGCUCACCCUGGACACCAGCAAAGGGAAGAUGAUCACCACGACGACGAAAUGAACCGCGGAUUGAGUCCUAUUCAAAGCGUUGCCAGUGGGCAGACCGAAACCUACCACGAUCAGUACCCAGCUCAUGGUGACAUCCAGGCUGACGGUAAGCGUGAAAUGGAGCCUCGACUUUCCAUUGACUCUCUUUCCUCUGCUCCCAGCACAAACCUUGCACGUUCAACCCGUCUUGGAACCAGCCUCCAGAGCCAAAGUGUGUUCUCCAAGCAAGGGAGCCAAGAAUCACCAGGACUUGGAUACGAACACUCGCGCCAGGGUUCCCGCGAUGAUGGAUUCUAUGGCUACGACGAAGAGAGCCGACUUACUGGUGACAACGACGAUAGCGAGGUUGACUUCAUGGACAAGAUUCAACAAGGCCACCAGGUGACGACCGGAGUCGCAGCCAACCCGCAGUUCAUGCAUCCGAUGGCAGUCGAGUCAGCGGUCGCCUCGUUGAUGGAUCCAUCUGUUCUCGAAUCACAGAUCGAGUCUCAACUUUCCUCCAGCACUCGCUCACAGACCGACCUAGCCCAACGCCCAGGCAGUCGCAGCCCUGAAAAGCCACCCAGUGAAUACCGCGGAAGCCCGCUCAAGCAGCGCCAGGAUGCCGACGAGACCUCGUUCCCCCGACGAAUGGGCGCCUCCUCGCCUCCUCAGAGUGUCACCCAAUCUUACGAGGAUUUGGACGACACCAACCCAAUGGGUGCUAGCGGACAUCGCGGCUUGGACAGCCCACUUCCGGAUGAGGAGAGCCAGCAAUCUGAGUCUGAGAUCAACACUAACCCAUCCAUCAUUCAGGGACCUAUCGGAGGUGUCCCUCAAGGAGACCACUGGGGAUAUGACUCAAACCCUGCCCCGGCGGAUCAAUACUAUGGCAACACCUCUGGCGGGUCCAAGGGUCUUGAUGCUGAGUACUACCAGACUGCCAAUGACAUCUUUGGCGGCGAUGACUACUCAAUGCACUCUCAAGAAGCCGCUCAACCCCGGCCCCUAUUUGGCACUCCCCCAGGUGCCAAGGAUGAAGGCUAUGUGUCGGCCGCAAACCCCAUGUCGCCCAGCAUUGGUACCCCGAAGCAAGCCAGCCGAGGCAUGCCUGGUCCGGACGCCGCUGGUAUGGGUGGUAUGGACAGCCCCGCUGGACCAGAUGACCCCUUUGCCGGUGGCCAUCAACGCCACUUCAGCGGCUACUCUCACGGUGUCAGCUCGCCGCUCUAUGAUAGUGCCACUGGCCGCGGCAUUGAGAGAAUCCAGUCGCAGGAUAUCGUCGCUCUCAUGGAUCACCUCACUGUUCGCGAUGCCCAGCGAAACGCUAGAGACACCGAGAUUCUCGUCACUCUUGUUCGCAGUGCCGCUGAGAUGCGCACUUCUUUCGAGCAGAUGAAGAAAUUCAUCGCGGACCAGGAUGACCUUAUCAUGGAUACCAGUGAUAGAGCGCAUGAGCGCACCCACAAGGCCCUCGGUGGCCCUCGUCCCUUGCCUGCAAGCACUUCCCGCAACCGCCAGCUGAACACAGCCGACGAAGAAGACAAGCGCAAGAACAUCUUCAAGCGUGCGCUCAAGGGAUUGAGCAUUAAGUCUGGCAAUGAUUUGACCAAGAUCGAAGGCAUGCUUGAGCAGCUACUUGAUGAAGUUGAGGCUUUGCGCGAUGGCCAAGAUGGCUACAGCCCUCGCGGCAACGGCAGACCGGGAAGCAUUGAUGCCGGUGGCUACGAGACUCCUGGUCCAAACGGUGCUCCUGUCGAGGCCAGUCGCUCACCCUACGGAGCCAGCCCUUCUCGUCCAGUCGACGCACAGCGCAGAGACUCGGAUCAGCGAGUCAGCACCGUCCAUGAAGUCGACGAGGAGGACCUUGAACUCGACGAGGGUGAUGAUUACCUCACAUCUCAUCUUCCUGUCCGUGAGCAGCCUCGCCACGAGCGCUCCGGUUCGCUGCCGCUGAACACACCUCCACGCAAGCCCGUGGCUUCAGGAGCCCGCAGCACCGAAACUACCCCCAAGGCCGACAAGGCCCGCAAGCACAAGUCGAGCAGCUCUUCCAUCUUCCCCAAGAUCUCUCGCUGGUCCAAAUCUACCGCAACUUCUAUGGGCGACGGUAUCCGCAACAGCAUCCAGCCCUCUCGCAAAGAGCGUCCUUCCUACGACCAGUCUCGAUCAAACUCUGAUCUUGCUCAGGACGCCUACAAGGGUGACUACUAUGACCCUCAAGGCGAUGACAGACUUCGCUCCACAUACACCCUGAACGAGGGUCAGGAGAACCGACCUCCAUCUCCAUUGGUACCUUCUCAGGUCUCCGAAUUGCCAAAGUACCGUGGCAACCGCGGCAGUCUCGAAUUACAGCACCCUCAGCCCCGCCAAGGUCCUACAGGCCGCUACCAAUCCCGCCUUGAAAGCGAAGCCCAGACCUACGGAGGCCCCAUCUCCCCAGCUGGCUCAGAGCCCUGGGAAUCAAACCACAGCCUAUCCGCCACUAAUCCCAACACAAACACCAACCCCAACCGCCACAGCGGUGUCAGCGGCAACACCCGUCUCUCCCCAAUCUCCGACGCAGGCUACUCGGAGACCAGCUCCCGCGCAGAACGAACCCCCGGUCCUCCCCGUCCCCCCAAGGUCAAGGACGACGGCCCUCUCAUCCCCGAGCGUCCCGCCAAGGUCGCAGAGGACGACGAAUACUACAACGGUGACCGUGUAGUCUCAAGAAGCUCCGCUAUUCGCUCGCCUCCUGCACGCAAGCCCACUGGCCCGCGCCCCCUCACAUCCGGCGGCGGCUCCUACAGUCCAGGCAACAUCAAGCGAAGCCGUUACCGAGGAAGUCCCAUGCAAGACUAUGAUGAAGAUUAUUGA